AUGCGCUCCAACCACUCCUCCCACCCCCCCCCGCAAUCUGCUCAGCACGCAUGCGCCCCGAGACUUGCCCCUCCCCGCGCUCCGCGGCCCGCCGCGCACGCGCAGAGGCACCGCCGCGUUUUAUUGGCCAGCAGGUCGCCGCACGCUCACGAGCGGCUCCCCCUCCGUGCCGAACGGCGGCAGCGGCGCAGGCGCUCUCCGAGCUCCCGGGCCCGGCUCCAGGGGAGCAGGCGCACUUGCCCCCUCCCGGCGGCUGGGCCGGUUGCCGGGCAUGCGCAGUGCGCACCCUUUCGGGAACGUUCUGUGUCGUCUGUCUCGCACCAACCUUCCUCCGCAGGGGAAAUCCUGUCAGGCUGCCCGGAGCUUCUUCACGUUGAGACGCGAGCCCUAGCCGUGGGAGCGCAAGGGCACAACAGACUGCUCCGAGCCGCGGGAGAGGGACGGAAGGGUCUGCCAGGAGGAGCUCCAUCCCCGCAGUGCAGCACUGCUGCUAGAGUUAGAGAAACCUGCUGCCUCUCCUCUCCGUUUCUUUUGGUCUCCUGGAGAGGAGAGUGCCCACUUUCACCGCUGCCUCCUGCUCUGCCUGCUCCUGCUUUCAGCAUGGUAAAGAAGAAUACUAUCCCCGAUGGAUGGCGAAGCUUGACACCAGUUGGACAGCCUAUACCAGGAACUAGAUUUAUUGCAUUCAAAGUACCUUUAAAAGGGGCAAUUAACCAGAGGCUUACUCCAACUCAGAAAUUCACACCAAAAGACCUGAUUGCUGCAAUGAAAGCCCUAAAUGUGGAGCUUGGAUUAGUUAUUGAUUUAACAUACACCACACGAUACUAUGAAGUUAAGGAUUUACCUAAAAGUGUGCAGUAUAAGAAACUUUAUACUGUUGGACUUGAAGUCCCUGAUAAUGCUACUAUCCUACAGUUCAAAAAAUGGGUCAGAAAAUUCCUAUGGGAAAAUGCAGGAAAUGAGAAACUCAUUGGCGUUCACUGUACUAAUGGAAUUAAUAGAACUGGCUACCUUAUAUGUAGGUAUCUUAUUGAUGUUGAAGGCUGGGAUCCAGAGGCAGCAAUCCAAGCUUUUGGUGAUGCUAGAGGUCAUCGCAUGGAUGGUCUUGUGUAUCUCACAGAUCUCAGAACACAACCAAUGAGAAGUAACCUUGGAAUGGAUGUGUGGGAUUCAGAAGAAGAAAUUAUUCCCCCACCACAUGCAAUGGAAGGACCUGUAGAACGGUUCCCAAAUGAAGACUUUCAAGGGCCUGGGAAAAGAUUAAGAAUUUAUGAUGGCCACUCACAGAGUGAUUUGCAAGGACAAAUACAGUUGAGAGAUUUUGAUUUCAUUAAUAAAGGACCUGGACAAAGACGAAGACCAUUUCAUGACCACCAGUCUCAGGAUGAUUUACGAGCACCAAUGCAGAUGAGAAAUUGGGACUACAAUAGGGGACCGGGACAGAGGCGAAGACCCUUUCCUGAUCACCAGUUUUAUGAUGAUUACCAAGAAGACAUGCAGCUGAAGGACCUAGAUUUCAGUAACAAGGGACCUGGACAACGAUUGAGACCUUUUCAUGGGCAUCAGUUUCAUGAUGAUUUACAGGCAGAGAGACAGUCAAGGGACUUUGAAUUUAAUAGGGGCCGGGGACAAAGGCAGAGAUCUUUUCCUGACCAUCCAUCUCACAGUGAUUUGCAGGAAGAUGUGCAAUCAAAGGAUUUUGAUUUUGUUAGCAGGGGCCGUGGCCAAAGGCGAAGACCCUUCCAUGACCACCAGUCUCAUGAUGGAUUUCAGAACCAGAUGCAGUUAAAAGAGUUAGAUUUUGUCAACAAAGGUCCUGGCCAACGACUGAGGCCCUUCCAUGACUAUCAGUCACAUGAUGACUUACAGCCACAGAUGCAGUUGGGCGAUUUUGAAUUUGUUAACAGGGGCUGUGGGCAGAGGUUGAGACCUUUCCAUGAUCACCAGCCUCGCAAUGACUUACAAACAGAGAUGCAACUAAAGGAUUAUGAUGAUAAAGGUCCUGGACCAAGACGCAGACCUUUUCAUGACCAACAGUCUUAUGAUGACUUACAGGAACAGACUCAGUUAAAAGAUUUCGAUUAUGCUAAUAAAGGGCAUGGACAAAGGCUGAGAUCUUUUCAAAAUCAUCCAGCUCAUGAUGACUUGCCACAUGAAUGGUGUUCAGACAGAAGUCAAUCUUUUUCAUCCCAUGAAAAUGUACCAGAAUCUCAUUUCUCCUCCUCUCCUUCACUUCACAGAGAUUAUGCGUCUGAUAAUGAUGACUUUAACAGAAGUUACAGUAAUCGACCAAGUUGUCCUGAAGACAAUAGGAGAAUGCAUCCUUCAGAUGAAUUUAAUAGAGGAAAAAACAGAUUUGCACCAUAUUCUUCACGUACAAUGCAUCCAUCUUCAUCUGUACACCAGGAAGAUAGUUCAAUAGACUAUGAAAGAAAACCUUUUCAAGGUGAAAGUACAAGAGAGAUGGAACAGGGCAAAAGGUUACCAGUUGUAACAGUUGAUUACAAUUAUGGUUUGCCAUUAGAUUAUGGACCUGAAGAGGAAGAGGGGACACAUUAUGAUUUACCUCCAAGAGACCGCUACAACUGGAACUGAAUAAAAAGGACAGUGUUUGCUCAGCUUAGACUUACAUUUACCCAUUUUACUUUGUAUGUGGACCAAUUUUUUUUUUUAAACAAACUAGAAAAGUGCAAAUUUCAAUAGCAGAGAACUUGUCUCUAUUAUAAGAUUAGUUUCUCCUGAUGUUUGGUUCUUAAAUUUAUUAGGAUAUAUUUGUUAAGUGUAGUUGGAGACAAGGUCUCAGUACCAUGGAAUGAAAAUAGUCCUUCCUUUUAGUGAAAUUGGAAACCUAUACCUUAAAGCAAACAACCUUCUGACAGAUAGUAAUUGUGUCUUUUGUUUUAAAUUUCUUUAAAAUGUAUGUAAUUUCAAGAUGCAAAACUCAUAAUAAAAUACUGUACCAUCA